CCAAAAGGUUGAUAUCCAAAGUAGUAGUAACAAAGAAUUAAAAAUAUAAAUGCUUGUUGAUUGAGUUGGGAUACAGAUGGUUACGCCAAGGAGAUCAUGGAGAGAAGUGCUCAGGACAAGACAACCGACGGCGGGAGGAGCAGUGCAAGUAGUUACAUACUUGAUUUUCUACAAGGGUUAAUAGCCUUCUUUUUGUAUUUUAGUGCUUACCUCACAUCAUCGCGCACCUGCUGGGAUGAUCAGAUUAGAUAUAAAUGUCGCCGUUUGCGAUGACGCUUGAGAGCCGAGUGGAAAGCCGGUGUCCAAAUCAAGUAAAGUUGUGAUACCGGUGGACACUGAUUGGUGUACAUCUUGGGCCCUCGUGUCACCAAAUCGUGGUGUAGCUGCCGCAUAUCCGACUGACUGUCCUUGCUUGGGUGCCAAUGUCUGCCACUUGAGGCGAGGGCGUCAUAGACCUGCUUAUAGACUAUCGCAAAUCCUAGUGGGUAAGUCGUGUUUCACAAUAUAUAGUCCGGCACAACCCGCGUUCGGGGUGUUCGACCGUUACUACGACCUACAGGAAUAGGCCAUGUAUGUAUAAGGGCAAUCAUUCCGCUAUUUCAGAUCGACGGAGCAGAGCAUUAGAGUCGGAUUGGAAGUCAUACUCGAUCGUGGCGAGUAAUUCCAACGUUCGCGCGGGGAGACAUUGAUUCCAGAUCAAGCGGUGGAUUUCGGGGAGGAAAACUUGAUGUUUUGUUGUGGUUUGCCCGCAAAAUCACCUUGGCUCCGUCUGGGCCAGUGGCUUUCCACAGGAAUACUACAGUGGAUAAUGACGCAGUAUCCAGCCACCACACAGGUGAGAUUCAGGGAUAGCGUGGCGAAAAAAUAUCUGGGCGAGGGGCUUUGCUCAAACCGGUCGGGCUGCUGUACGAGGCGCAGUGCUAGUGCGAUGCUUGUUCUGGGACACACUACCGGUUCAGGCUUAGUCCAGCAACAGCUGAGCAAAGUAUACACUACCCUUUUCAGACAGACAGUGAGAGCCCGGGGUCCGAAGAGUACUAUAAAUUCAGCGACCUUUGCUGUCGAACAAUAUUCUUCAUCAUUCCUCUCCAAGUCUUCCUCUCAGCAACCCCGUUAUUCGUACACAUACAACGUUUCCAUCCAACAUGCGCGGCAUUACAGUCCUAACGCUGACACUCAGGCUGGUUUCGAGGGUGCUAUCUCACCCGACGGGCUCAGAACACUGCAGUAACCUGCCUAUAGUGGACCUUGGAUAUAACCUGCAUCAAGCGAUCUCCUACAACGCCUCAAGCGAAAUAUACAAAUUCCAAAAUAUCCGUUACGCGAAUAACCCGACAUUGGACCUCCGCUUCCGUGCUCCCACCGCACCCGACACGAACCGCUGGACCGUUCAGACUGGCGACCGUCCUCGCACCUGCCCCCAGGGGAUGCCCGACUGGCAGGUCAAGGGGACGGCUGCUGCGGCCAAGUACAUGAAUCCUGACCAGCCUUUUACGCUUGAGGCCUGGAAGGAAGAUUUUCUGAACGCAACUGUACCACCGAAUUUGGAUUUCAACACGGACACAACUGAGGACUGUCUCUUUUUGGAUGUGCAUGUUCCGAGGAAGGUGUUUCACGGCGCACGUAAGGGAGCUCGCGGUGAUGCACCGGUGCUUGUCUUUAUUCACGGCGGCGGCUACGUCCUCAGCUCGAAGCUCCGAGCACCCACCCCAGCGUUUUUCCCCGACGGCCUCUUCGCGCAUGCUAAUAAGAACCACGAAGACAUGAUUUACGUCGCACUGAACUACCGACUCGGCGCUCUGGGCUUCCUCGCCGGGCCGGAGGUCGAGCGAGACGGAGUGCUCAACGCAGGGCUGCUCGACCAACGAUUCGCCCUCGAAUGGGUCCAGCGAUAUAUCCAUCUAUUCGGAGGAUCCCCGGAUAAGGUCACGGUCAUGGGAGAAUCAGCCGGUGGCGGCUCGAUCCUGCUGCAUAUGGCCGGUUCGUACGCAACGAACACGUCAACACCAUUUCGGGCCGCGAUUCCACAGAGUCCCGCGAUCCUGCCUGGGUACGUCAAUCCGAGCGAUAGCUUUGCUGGCUUUCUACGCUACCUCAACGUGAGUAGCCUGCAGGAAGCCCGCGAAGUCGACAAAAGCAGGAUCAUCGCGGCGAACGCGGCGCAGAUCGCCGACGCCCCGACCACAAGUUACAUAUACGACCCGGUCAUUGAUGGAAGCUACGUCCCGGACAAGGUGAUGCACGCGCUUCGAGAUGGGCGAUUUGACAAAUCGGUUGCGGUGCUUGCGGCGCAUAACUCUUUUGAGGGGUCGUUUUUCUUCGACCCGACAAUCGAGACGGAGAAUGAAUUUCGCUCGUGGUUGCGUCGCUCGAUUCCGGGGCUCCAGAACAAAGACGUCGCCUAUCUUAUGGAGAGGCUGUAUCCAGCGACCUUUGGCGACACUGCCCUUGGGUACGUGGAUCAGGCGUCGCGACAGAUGGCCCUCUACAGCGAGGCGGUUAUUGAUUGCCACUUCGGUGCCAUUGGCGAUGCGAUGCAUGGGCAGAGUUAUGCGUACAAAUUUAGCAUCUCUCCUGGAGUGCACACGCAGGAUCUGGAUUAUACCUUCAAUUCCCCGAGUUCUCCAGCGCGUUUCCCCGCCGCACAGAAUGCUAUUCAGGAUAUGAUAGUUGGUUUUGUACAGAAUGGGGUACCCAGAUCGGCGGACGGUGAAGUGUUUCCGCGAUGGGGUUCUGAGAGGCGGCUGCUUAACAUCACGUCUACUGCGCCUGAGUGGUCUAGGAGCGAGGUGAACCGUACUCGCUGCGGAUGGUGGAGUGACUGGUGAAGAUAAACCUUAAUCGCCUCGCCGCUUCGUUUUCUUUUGGUGGGUCAGUCCGUUUUAGUUGACUGAAUGAGCGCGGCUGAGGGUGGACGGUGCUGUUUUUUUCCUGGGUGGGGUCCGGAAUUGAGGGUCGUUGUACAUACAGGCUCAGCAGCUAAUCGAACGAUAUCUUCUCUGGCUAUUAUCCAGCGCUGCAACAGACCUAUACAGGACAUGCUUAUCGCUUCUGAUUCGUUGUCCGUGUAUGGAUUCGGAUCCUUCGA